CACCCAAUGGAGAAAGAGCAAAGCGAAGAAAAUGAGAGCAAUAAUACUCGUCCUUGUCUGUCGAUGCUACCAGAGGGAUGUAUCGCCGAGAUCUUCGCCUUUACGAGCCCGCCGGAUGUUUGCCGCUUUUCCUUAAUCUCUACAUCUCUCCAUUCUGCCGCCGAUUCUGAUUCCGUUUGGGCAAAAUUUCUGCCGUCCGAUUAUCCGUCCAUCAUUGCCAAAUCACCGACUCCGAUCCCCAAUUUCCGAUCGCUCAAGGAUGUCUAUGUUUAUCUCUCCGAUCAUCCAAUCUUAAUUGAUGAAGGUCGCAAGACUUUCUCACUGGAUAAAUGGACCGGAAAGAAAUGCUACUUCUUAGGUGCAAGAGAUCUUAAUAUAACAUGGGGUGAUACGCCAGAAUAUUGGGAAUGGACUUGUGUACCAGAGUCCAGGUUUCCAGAGGUGGCUCAGCUGAAAUUUGUAAGGUGGCUUCAAAUUUGGGGCACAAUAAGAGCUGGGAUUCUAUCACCACUGACAUCCUACACAGCUUACUUUGUUUACAAGUUGGGAGAUGAUUCUUAUGGGUUUGAUACUAGACACAUGGAAGUUUCAGUUGGAAUUUCUGGUGUUGAAUCUGCAAAUGGGCGGAUUGCUUUUUUGCAUCUGAAUCCUCAACAUCCUAGUAACUUGAAGCUUGAUAAACCAGUUCCUAAACUUAGAGAUGAUGGCUGGUUUGAGUUGGAAUUAGGUAAUUUUUUUACUGAAAAUGAAGAUGAUUGCAUCGAGUUAAGAAUUGAAGAUGUGAAAACUGGUUGUACAAAACGAGGCCUUAUUGUUGAAGGAAUUGAGAUAAGGCCAACAAUUGCUUAACCAUUUUAC